AUGACGGGGGACUCUCGAGGUGCUGCCACCAACAGCUCGGAGAAGAGCGAUCAUGCCGUGGUCAAGGUGAUCAAGGCAGUUGCCAAGUUUUGCUUGGACAACUGGUUGGUUUUUGGUUUUGGAAUCGCAACUUUGCUUGCGUACCUUUUCCCCAAUGUCGCUGCACAUGGCGGUAUCAUCCGCUCAGAAUAUUCAAUUCUUUACGGUGCCAUCGCGCUGAUCUUCUUCAUCAACGGGAUGCAAUUGUCGCCACAAAAGCUCAAGGAGCAUAUCAAGAAUUGGCGAUUGCACAUACUUGUCCAGGGGAUCGGGUUCAUCAUCAUUCCUGUAAUCAUACUGAUCUUGAUUCGCAUCGUGAUUGCUGCCGGAGGACUCAGGUCGGGGACCAUUGAUAUCACCAUGCUUGUUGGCAUGGUAGUUGUCAGCACUUGUCCCACCACUAUCGCGUCCAACGUGGUCAUGACCCGAAACUCGGGGGGAGACGAAGCAGCGGCGAUCAUCGAAGUCGUUAUUGGCAACGUUUUAGGACCGUUCAUCACCCCGGGAUUGACAUUUGCGUUCAUUCCGACAGACUCUGAUUUUGACCAUGUGCGGCCCGCGUCUCCCUCCACUCUUGGCCCCAUGUAUGCCAGUGUCAUGAAGCAGCUGGGUCUCAGCGUCUUGAUUCCGUUGGCCGUGGGCCAGAUACUUCGCUGGACAUGGCCGAAGCGAGUCGAGUGGACGCUGAGGACGUUUCGACUGGCAAAGGUUUGUUCCUUGUGUAUGGUUCUGCUUGUCUGGUCAACCUUUUCGGGCGCCUUCAAAACCGGCGCACUUUAUGAUCUGCCAAAGUCCUCGGUCAUCUUCAACGUCUUGAUGAAUUUGGCAUUGUACAUGAUUUUCACGGCUGUGUGUUACUAUGCUGCUUACCCGCCCAGGUUUCUAUGCAAUUGGAUCAAUGCCUGGGGCGCUGACUCAAAGGUGGGAGUUCGCCUACCUCGAAUCGUCCGGAGAAUCCUCGAGUGUAAGAGAAUGCCAAAGGAACAGGUCGUUGCUGUGUGUCUUUGCGGUGCAGCAAAGACGCAGGCGCUGGGAAUACCUCUGGCGGAUGCCAUGUGGGCGCAGUCCGAGGACCUCACCAAGUCCCUGAUCCAGAUCCCCAUUUUGCUCUACACAAUGGAGCAGGUGUUUACGGCACAGUUCCUCACUAUUCUGUUUCGCUGGUGGUUGCAGAGGGAUAAGAAGAGGGAAUCUGAUGCAGAGUCGGAAAAUGGAGGCGAUCUACAUUUGCCUGCUGACAGCAACGGAAACGAUGAUCAAGCCGGCCAGUCUCAGACCGGCGAGAACAAACCAGUAUAUUCUCCAGAAGAGAAAGCCGUGGCCUAG